UUCAAAGUGGAGGGCAAUAAUGAAGAACAGGAAAAAAGCGAAACAAAAGAGGACCCUCUAGAUGAAGAACGUCAAGGUCUGGUAAGGGAAGUGGGCAAUUUGGCUGUUUGGAGUUUGUCAUCGUGCAAACCUGGUUUUGGUGUCGAGCGUUUACGUGACAAUAUUAUGGAUACAUAUUGGCAAUCGGAUGGUCAACUGCCGCAUUUAGUCAACAUACAAUUUCAUAGCAAAACAAAAAUUAGCCAAAUUUACAUAUACACCGACUAUAAGUUAGACGAAAGUUAUACACCAUCCCGCAUUUCCAUAAGAGCUGGAUCUAACUUUAAUGAUUUACAAGAAUUACAAAUUGUAGAUCUAAAUGAGCCAACCGGGUGGGUAGCCGUACCAAUAAAAGAUGGAAGCGUUAAAUGUAUACGAACAUUUAUGCUGCAAAUAGCUGUUAUAUCAAAUCACCAAAAUGGACGCGAUACCCACAUGCGUCAAAUACGCAUCCAUGCACCAGUUGAGGAUCGUCAUUAUCCCUUAGAACUGUUUGGAAAAUUUAGUACUGUUAAUUUUCAAAAAUUUGCUACUCUGCGGUAAAUGCAUAAUGAUUUUUUUUUAAUUUUUAUUAAAUAUAAAUAAAAACAAUCCAAAAAAA